CAAUCCAUCUGGAUCUCUGUCAACACUUCGGAGAGAGAGAAGGCCUAGACUGGGCCUAACAUUCAUCAAGGAGUGUAAUCUUUUGACUAGGUUGUCUUCGUUUUAUUUGUGACCUACGAGAAUUUUGCCUUUUAUUUUAAACUAGAUCUAUUACAAUUUUCCCCCCAAUAACAAAUUGCUGUUGAGGAGACAUCAUGGGUGAUGAUUCAGAGUGGCAGAAGCUACCAACAGAAGAGAAGUGUCAACAUAAGGUAUGGAAGGCUCGAGUGGCGGGAUAUGAGGAAGCCACAAAACUGUUCAGAGGUCUGGAUGAGAAGAGCCAGGAGUUCUCCCGUUAUGCUGGCUUGAUGAAAAAGUUUGUCACCGACAGUAAUGCAGUGGCUCAAGAGAAAGGCUUGGAUGCUGUUUUGGCAUUUAUUGAAAAUGCCUCAACGAAUAUAUGUGGAAGGACAUGUCAUGAUGUUGUGUCUGGGGUUGUGACAAAGUGUCUCAAUGCCAGCAAACAGAAAACCAAGGAAAAGGGCAUGGAAAUCAUUAUGCUGUAUGUAGAAGCUGAGAAGCCAGAUAUUGUGCAGGAGUGCUUGAUGACAGGGAUGGAGAACAAACAACCAAAGGUGGUUGUUGGCUGUGUGCAGACCGUCACUAUGGCUUUGAGAGACUUUGGCACAAAGGUGAUUCAAGUGAAGCCUCUGCUAAAACUUUUGCCCAAACUGUUGGACGACCGGGACAAAAAUGUGAGAGAGGAGACAAAACAGCUUGUCAUCGAGCUCUACCGCUGGAUUGGGGCUGCCCUCAAACCUCAGAUGACCAACUUUAAACCUAUACAGGUGCAAGAAUUUGAGGGAGAGUUUGAGAAGCUGCCGCCUGGGAAGCCAGUACAGUCAAGGUUCAUGAGAUCACAGCAAGAACUAAAGGCCAAAAUUGAGGAGCAGGCUGCGGCUGCCGAAGGCACUGGGGACGGAGGUGGUGAUGGAGGCGCUAAUGAAGAAGAAGCCAUUGAUCCAUUUGACUUGAUGACUGCUGUAGAUAUCUUAGAGAAGUUGCCAAAGAACUUUUAUGAACAAAUUGAAGCGAAGAAGUGGCAGGAGAGAAAGGAAGUACUGGAAGCUGUACAGAAAUUGUCUGAGAACCCCAAGCUGGAGAAUGGAGACUACAGUGCUCUACUCAGGGCCGUCCUCAAGGUGAUUGCAAAGGACACGAAUGUCAUGUUGGUGGCCCUGGCUGGAAAGACUGUUAGUGGAAUCGCUAACGGUUUGCGCAAGAAAUAUCAGCCCUAUGCUGUCAUGUCUGUGUCCACUAUUCUGGAAAAGUUCAAAGAGAAGAAGGCUGCUGUUGUGGCAGCCCUGCGGGAUGCCAUUGAUGCCAGCUUCCAGGCUACCAAUCUGGAGGCUAUCAUGGAAGAAGUGACUGCUGCCCUGGACAACAAGAACCCGUCCAUCAAAGCCGAGACAGCAUUAUUUCUUUCUCGCUGCUUUGCUCGCUGUACCCAGAGUUCCCUACCCAAGAAAAUGCUGAAGGCGUACUGUGCCCCUCUGUUGAAGACGGUCAAUGAGUCUGAUCCUGCUGUGCGCGAGGCGUCCUUCCAAGCUCUGGGCACCGCCAUGAAGGUCGUCACUGAGAAGAAUAUCGCACCCUUCCUGGUGGAUGUAGAUAACAUCAAAAUGCAGAAGAUCCAGGAAAGCUGUGAAAAGGCUGUGUUACUCAAUGCUAAAGGUGAGCCCCGUGGCGGUGGGGGUGCGUCUGCUGCUCCUGCAGCCGCCCCAGCCAAACGUCCGUCCACCGCGCCGCCCGCCAAAUCCGGCAGUGAGGAACCCAAACCAGUGAAGCGACCGGGCACUGCCAAGCCAGCUGCUGGUGGUGCUGCCAAAGCAAAGCCAAAGGCGAAAGCUCCGCCUAAAAAAGGCAAAAAGGGACCUGUUGAAGAAAAAAUGGAAUCUGUCCUGAGUGAUGAAGCUGUUGAGGAGAAAGCGCAGGAUUUCUUACCUGGCGACACGCUGACCAACCUGGCCAGUGCCAACUGGAAGGAGAGACUGGCGGCUAUGGAGGGCAUGGUGAAGGUUGUGAGCAGCACCGGCAAAGAUGACAUCCCUUGCCAGGUGUGCAUCAGAGUACUCAGCAAAAAGCCGGGACUCAAAGAGACCAACUUCCAGGUUUUGAAACUGAAGCUAGAACUAGUAGCCCACCUGUCAAGAAACGCAAAGUUCACCAAGCGCUCGGCAGAGUUCUGCCUGGCAGACAUCGUGGAUAAACUUGGUGAUGCCAAGAAUGGUGCUGCAGCCAAGGACUGUCUGACUGGCAUGUCAGAGGCGCUCGGCCUGGACUUUGUCUGUACUGAGGCCAUGGCCAGAGCCUUUGAAAAUAAGAACCCGAAGAUCCAACAGGAAGCUCUGACCUGGCUGUCAACUGCUGUCCAGGAGUUUGGCCUCAAAAUCAAUGUGAAAGGAAUUCUCCCUGUGGUCAGCAAGGCCCUGGCAGCUACAAACCCGGGUGUUCGUUCAGCAGCCAUUGCCCUGUUGGGCGUCAUGUACAUGUACAUGGGGGACACCCUCCGAGUGCUCUUUGACAAUGAGAAGCCAGCCCUCCUGCAGCAGAUCGAUGCCGAGUUUGAGAAGGUGAAAGGAGUAAACCCACCAGCUCCCACUCGGAAAGUGAUGUCUGCUGGAGGGAAAGAUGAUGAGGAGGAUGAAGAUGGGGAGGAAAAUGGGGAGGAGAAUGAGGGGGAGGUACCGGUGCAGGAUCUGGUGCCCAGAAAUGACAUAAGUGAGAAGAUCACUGAGGCCCUCUUGACGGAGCUGGCCGACAAAAACUGGAAAGUCCGUGCAGAAGCCCUUCAAAAAGUCACCACCAUCUUGUCCGAAGCCAAAUUUGUCACGCCCAACUUGGGCUCCUUACCAGAAGCACUGAAGGCAAGAUUAGGGGAAUCCAACAAAAAUCUGCAAAUGGUCACAAUAGGCAUCCUCCAGACUCUGGCGACAGCGUUGGGUCCACACUGCAAAGGUCACGUCAAGGUUGUUGGGCCGGGACUACUUGCCUGUUUGGCCGACUCCAAGCCUGCCCUGAGAGAGAAGGUGGUUGCGUGUCUAAACGCCUGGGUAGAAAACACAUCUCUUCUCCCUCUAGUGGAGUGUGAAGCGCUCCACGAUGCUCUCAAAAUGGAGAACCCAUUCUUAAAGGCUGAGCUAUUGGGCUGGCUAUCACUGAAGCUGCCCUCUCACAAACAACUGCCUGUGGAGCUGAGGGCCACCAUUCCCUCUGUGCUUGCCGCUCUGGAGGACAGAAACGCGGAUGUGCGCAAAAAGGCGGGAGAGGCUUUGGUUCCCUUCAUGAUCCACACUGGAUACGACGCUUUCCUUAAGGCUUUGGGCAAGUGCAAGCCGUCGAGCAAGGACCAGAUCCAGCCAAUGUUGGAGAAAGCGCGCGGAGAGCUGCCGGCUAAACCGGUCAAGACCAAGAAGGCGGCCAGUGCUCCAAGCAGUGGCCCUGCAGCACCCCGGCCCUCAGCCCCCAAGUCGGCCCCCGCUGCACCACCAGCAGACUACGAGGAGGAGGAUGAGCCUACGGCUGCUGCCCCGGCCAAAGCUGAAAGCAAGGCCAAGGUUGUCAAGGGGAAGGCUAAGGGCAAGGCCGCCCCUCCAUCGUCCAGCAAAAAGAAGGAAGAGGAAGACUUUGGCCCCACAAUGACAAUGACUGUGAUGAAAGAACAGAGAGUAAAGGAGGAAAAGGCCAUGAAGAUUCUGAAAUGGAACUUUUUAGAACUAAAGCAGGAGUAUGUGGAGCAGCUGCGCAACCAGAUGGAGAAAAAUUUCAACCGUGCUGUCAUGGCUGAUCUUUUUCAUACCGACUUUAAGAGCCACAUCAAGGCCAUCGAACAGCUGAUCAAGUGCAUUGAGACUCAAGAGAAAGAGACAAUCAACAACCUGGACUUGCUGCUGAAGUGGGUGACCAUUCGGUUCUACGACACCAAUCCCAGCAUGCUGAACAAAGCCCUGGACUAUCUGCAGCGCCUGUUCUCCCUGCUGUCCGACAUCCAGUACCAUCUGACUGAUUUGGAGGCGAAUUCUUUUAUUCCAUAUCUCCUUCUAAAGAGUGGUGACCCUAAAGACAACGUGCGCAGGGAUGUUCGCAACAUCCUCAAAAUGAUAUGCAAGGUUUUACCCGCUUGUAAGAUGUUCAGUUUCCUCAUUGACGGGCUCAAGUGCAAAGUGGCCAAACAAAGGACAGAACUGCUGGAUGAACUGGGCUGUCUCAUCGAUAGCUAUGGCAUGAACGUGUGCCAGCCGUCACCGGCUCAUGCACUGAAAAUCAUUGCUGCACAGAUCGGGGAUCGGGACAAUGCCGUGAGGAAUGCUGCCCUGAACACGAUCGUGGUGGCUUACACAAUCCUUGGAGAGACUGUUUACAAAUAUAUUGGCCAUUUGAAUGACAAAGACCAGAGUCUGCUGGAUGAGAGGAUCAAACGAGCGAUGAAGAACCGUGAGAUGAAGCCAGCUGCAAAGGAGCCAGUGCAGGCCCAGCCCCCGCCGCAGCAACAACAGCAGCGGCCAAAGACCACACCGGGCGGUGGGCCCAUGGCCAAAGCUGCAUCACAACCCAACAUGGGCAGUCGUCCACCGGUCAACAAGGCAUACCAGCUGGACAUUGAGAUAGAUGACUGGGAGCCCGUGUACCCCAGCCUCAUAGAGCUAGAUCUGGACUCCGUCAUGGCUCCCAUCACAAAGCCCAAGCUCAUGGCCCGUCCAGCGUCCCCUAUGUCAGCCAAGCUGGUCAGUUCUACGGACGUGUCCUCCAGCAUCAGCUCAGUCGUGGUACAGAUCUCGUCCGUGGACAUCAACACCUGUGUCAAGGCGCUGGCUCAGAUUGACGAGGUGAUGAAGGACCCGCAGAAAGUUGAUGCGCUGGCCGACCACGUGGACAAACUCCUUGUGGUCAUCACCAUGCAGAACAGGCUGGGCAUCAGCAUGCACGUACAGGACCCCUCAGUGGACCGGCACCAGGUGGUCUGUCUAUACCGCUGUCUGCUCAGCACUCUCAUCAGCAUAUUCAACAAGACAAGCCUGGGUAAAAAAGCAUCCACUCACAUCCUAAUGGACCUGAUUCAGAGUUUGCUGACCGUUCUCCUGGACCCGCACAUUGACCAACUCCAAGACGGCUCCCAGAUCAUCAAGUCAGUCAACCUGACAGUGGUCAAGAUUAUCAACAAGUCGGAUCCCACCAACAUCACCUGUGCGAACAUCGCCCUCAUGCGAGAGUGUCUCAAGAGUGACACGUGCUCUAAAAAGUUCCUAGAACUGGUCAUCAAGUGCCUGUGGAAGAACAUGAACCUGAUCCCGGCGACGAUCGAGGAGCUGAACUGCGACAGGCUGCUGUAUGAGUCUCACCUGUUCUUCCAGCAGUUCCCGUCCUCCAGCUGGCGGACACGACCCAACCUUGACCUGCCCAUCCGCACAGUGAAGACGCUGCUGCAUAACCUCACCAAACUCAAGGGACACAAGAUUUUGAGCCACACAGGGCUCAUCUCAGCCUCGGAGGAGUCAGAGGUGGAAGGAUAUCUACACACAGUGCUGGCCAAGAGCAAGACAGACGAAGGAAGUGCUGACAAAUCCAAGAUUCCGCCAAAGAACAAGCGAGUAUCCAAGACUCAUGAGCUACUCACAGAGAUUUUCAAAAAAAUUGGGACCAAAGAGAACACGCGAGAGGGUUUGAACGACUUGUUUGACUUCAAAAAGAAAUUCCCUGAGGCAGACAUGAAUCCGUUCCUGAAGAAAACUGCUCCGAGUUUCCAGAAAUACAUCAGUAACAUGCUGGCUGAGAUUGAGGAGGAGAGACGAGGCUCCAAAGCUACUGGUAACUACUCUCACAAUUCCAUCAGUGACGACUCGGCCAAUGUAACGUCCGAGGCCGAGAAUUUUGAUGUCGACUUCUACAGGGAAAAACUCCGGGAACUCCGAGCAAAAUGCGGCCUGGACAACAACUCUGGAGAGGGACAGACCAGUGACAGUAACAGGACAUCCGGCUCUAAGACGUCGGCCUUGGUGCCUGAGACAUCUGAUGGAGCAGAGACCCCAGAGACCGAGAUUCAGGACCGGGUGGCAGAAUCGAGACAAGAGGAGGAGCCCAGACAGUCGGUGGACGUCAGCGUCCUGAGGGCCCGGUUAGAUCGCAUCAAGAAGAUGUCCAAGUCCUGAGUCCUCCAGGCCUGAUGGAUGUGUCUUCGGAUGCCGCCCGCCCCUCACAGAACCACAAACCUCCCCCACCCCCACCCCCACUCUCUUCCCAACUCCUCCUGUCUGUCCAUGAGCAAGUUCCCGUGUGUUGCUUCGUGUCAGCCUGUGGGUCUUGGGCAGAUGUUUUACCCUCCAUCCAGUCGUUUGUGUCGACUUGUCUUACCGGUACUGUUAUGUCUUAUUUGGGACAGAAUGCACGGUGACAUGAUUCUCCCCCACUCAGCCACCCCCUUCCCCACCUGUUGCAAAGAGGCAACAACGUACGCUUUCUGCCGAGACUGGACGUCUGGUUGAAGAUGUUUCUCACGCAGUCAUGCUGUGUCGACUUUUCUCUAGUUUACUAUUUCUAUUAUCUCAUUUUACAGACCUAUAUACUGUUGGUGUUUUAUCCACCCAGCGGUAGGUUGGCUUGGCUUAUGAAGGUGUUACUCACUACAACGACAUAAUAGACAUAAUAAGUUGUUGGUUUUUUUUGGUUGAAUUGCUUAUGUUGGUGCAUGUAUACUUGCAUCUGCUCAGGCACAUUAGUUAUAAGCACACUUUGUACCCUCUUAUUUUGUGUGCACCAUGUACAUUUCGGCCGACACCUACUACUGCUACUACUACUACAUCUGCGUUUUGAGGAGCCCCCCUUCCCAUGAAUAUGUCAUCGUGAUCUGUUCCUUUGUGUCUUGACCCGUAAGCCAUACACACCUUGUGAAAUGUUCCACUCUUGGCGCAUUGUGUUAUUGUGUACUUAUACAUACGGGGAAUACAUCGGCGGAGCAAAAAGCGUGUCGUCGCUGUCGCAAGAAAAUUGAAUAACUUCAUUUGAUCCUGCUUUACCUUGGGUGAAUUUUGAAAAUUAGAAGGUUUUUUUGUUAAAUUUUGUUUUGUUUUUUUGCGACUGUGACAAUAUGAUGCUGUCAUAAAACAGUUCAUAAGGGCCCAUUUGUCUUUGAUUUAGUGUUGGUUUCAUCAGCUUUUGAUAUUUUGUUUUUCAAAGUGUUUGUACUUGGGGGUUUUUCCAAAGCAAAGAAGGUUGAAUGAGAGUUUAAUCUUCAAGAUUGACAUCAGUUUUUUCUGGGCUUUCUAUCAAUGGUUCCUUGUGAAUUAUUGGCUCUUAUUGAAAGUGGUUUGUUUGUCCUCCUGUGAGGAUAAAAAUGUUUGGCUGGUGCUGUCAUAUGAGGUACAGGUAUAUCUACUUUUAUUUUUUUCUCAGUUUCACUUGCCUUCUUUCCUCUUUAUUUCAACUUAUGUGUCUUUCUUUGUCUCCACUCUCUCUCUCUCUCUCUCUCUCUCUCUCUCUCUCUCUCCCUCUCUCCCUCUUUCCCUCUCUCUCCCUCUCUCUCUCUCCCUCCCUUGCCUAUUUACAACUUGAAAUGAUUAGUAUUAGGUUAUUGUGUUUCUUUUUUAUAUACACUCAUUAAACCCAGACUAAUUCAAAACUUUUUUCAGUCUGUCUUACAUUUGCUUGACCUAAUCGAGUACCAAUUUUGUGUCCAUGUGCUCAGCCAAUAGAACAACAGCAUCUGUGGUGUAUUAGCGGUUUAGGCUCAUUGUUGUUGCUUACGAAAGUUGCGCUUUCAAUUCCUGAGUGGGGAUAUUUUUUGGUUGUUGUUGGGUUUUUUACCGAAUAUCUAAGUCUGUCCUACUCAGCCCAGGUUGUCACUGACAGGCAGGGUUGAAGCAGCCCACCUCCUGAAUGAUCUACUUUGAGUAUGCGGGAUGUGAAUAAAACAUUUAUUAUAAAAAUUAUAAAAUCAGCCAACAGACCAAGUGAUGAACCAGCUCUUCUGCAGUUGUCUGAACCUUUGUUUAAAA